AUAUUUCAUUGAUUUAUAAUUGUUUGUAAUAAUUUUAACAUACCUACGUGUUGUUGUUAGCUUCUCAUACAUCAAUUGUGCAGAAGAAAUCUUUACUAUGUCUCAAAACUCUGAAAAACCAUCCAACAAUCAAGAUGUGGAUCCAACGGGUCCUGCGGUGCGAAAAGGAGUCCUUAUAUCCUUUAGAACGGGUAAAACAAUGGAAAUACCAGAAAAAGACAUUCUUGGAAGAUGCAGAUUUGUUGGUGAAUUUGAGAAAAUAAACCGCAUUGGAGAGGGUACCUAUGGUAUUGUAUACAGAGCAAAAGAGAAAGCAAAUGGUAAUAUUGUGGCUCUCAAGAAAGUGAGGAUGGAAGUGGAGAAAGAUGGACUGCCACUCAGUGGUCUCCGUGAGAUUCAGGUGCUAAUGGCAUGCAGGCAUGAGAACAUAGUGCAGCUCAAGGAAGUACUGGUGGGGCGGUCACUAGAGAGCAUAUUUCUCUCCAUGGAGUACUGUGAACAAGACCUGGCAUCCUUGCUAGACAACAUGUCCUCUCCAUUCACCGAGUCGCAAGUAAAGUGCCUGAUGCUGCAAGUGCUCAAGGGGCUCAAGUAUUUGCACGCCAAUUUUAUUGUGCAUAGAGACUUGAAGGUGUCCAAUUUACUUCUGACGGACAAGGGAUGUGUUAAAAUAGCGGAUUUCGGACUGGCACGCUGGCUAGGCGCCCCCGCCCGCUGCGCCACCCCCCGCGUGGUCACACUAUGGUACCGAGCCCCCGAGCUGCUCUUACAGUCGCCCAAGCAGACCCCGGCGCUGGACAUGUGGGCCGCGGGCUGUAUCCUGGGUGAACUGCUCGCCAACAAGCCGCUGCUGCCGGGCAGGAGUGAAAUAGAACAGUUGGAACUCAUUGUUGAUUUGCUUGGUACCCCAUCGGACGCGAUUUGGCCAGAGUUCAGCGCGUUGCCCGCGCUCCAGAACUUCACGCUCAAGCAGCAACCCUACAACAACUUGAAGCAGCGCUUCCCGUGGCUGUCGGCCGCCGGGCUGCGGCUGCUCAACUUCCUCUUCAUGUACGACCCCAACAAGCGCGCCACGGCCGAGGAGUGCUUGCAGAGCUCCUACUUCAAGGAGCAGCCUUUACCGUGUGAUCCCAAGCUUAUGCCCAGCUUCCCGCAACACAGGAACAUGAAAGGGCAGCCGAAGAGUACGUCCAAUCAGUUGAACAUACCACUGUCUAGUCUAAACACGGGCGCUAAUGAUCAAACCAACAAUUUGCCUGCAAUUUCCGACCUUCUAGGUUCUCUUGUCAAGAAACGGCGACUAGAUUAAACGUUUCAACAAACCCACAAUUUAGUUUAAGGUUUUCUUAAUAAAUUAGCCAUAAGUAUGA